GAUUUGACGAAGUACGCCCUCUAGCGUUAUUAGUAUAUAUCUCUAUGGACCAAACCCACUUUUUCAUGUUUUUUAACAUCGACAGACUGUAGAGAUUUAACUGGAGGUUGUAUAAAUAUCAGUAUGUUUUCUCCGGUAUAUACCCAAACCAGGGCAACAUUAGCUCGAAUAAGAUGUCUUCAAGAGUGUAUCGAAUGCUUCCGUGACUCCAAAGAACUUCCAGAAGCGCUCUGUUACGUGCCGAGCGGCCUCGAGUUCAAACUUUCGCCGACAGCGACCCGAUUGAAUGUUUACAAAAAACCCGACCGGCAGGCAGAAUGUAUCAACACACUGACAUCAGAAACUGACAAUGAAAACACGGUGUAUGUUGCUGGACUAGCAAUGUGCAACUCUCAAGGGCAAUGGCUUACAAUAGAGAGGCCAGUUGAAGGCUGGGUGUUGUUGUAUGACAGCAAAGCAAGCCAGGAAGACCCCCCUACACUCCAACCAGUGGAAAUAAACAUAGCUAGUUCACCUUGCCAACUUCUCUUUGGAAAGAAGGUCACACCAAUAGAUGACUGGGAAGAGGUAAUAGAAGUGACCUAUAGCCUAAGGAUCGGUAAGCUCCCCACGAUGAGACCAGCCCACAUGGAAGGGGUGGAGAAUCUGAGAAAGGUCCCUCCUGUCUGGAGUCUGGAAUGUGAUGAGGAGCUAGCAAGGUUCCUUGGGGAACACACAGAUCAUGAGAACGAGAAGCUGGGGAGUGUUAAGCAGUAUGUGGAGUCUGUGGAUGUAUCGUCAAGCUGGGAUGAUGAGAGCGCAUCUUGCCUGACGGAUGGCGAUCCCACAACCUACUGGGAGAGUGACGGUAGACAGGGUCAACACUGGAUACGAUUGGGUAUGAGGCGAGGUACCAUUAUCAAGAAGCUGUUUGUCACAGUUAAUGCUCAUGAUGAUAACUAUAUGCCAACCCAUGUUGUAGUGAUGGCCGGUGAUAGGGAACAUCUAGUCAAGCUCAGUGAUCAUACCAUUGAACAGACAUUUUCAGGAGACAUCUGUAUCCUAGAAGACAUGACACAAUUCUACUCUACAGUUGAAAUCAGGAUAAAGUCUUGCAAGGAUGACGGGGUUGAUACUAGAAUACAUGGUAUCAAGAUCAAAUCUUUGAAAGAGAGAGAUCUCGGACUCAAUAUUGAUCUCUUUGAUAAGAAGGAACUAGUCAGAUACCCUAGGUUGGAGCUUAUAGACAAGGAGAAGUUAUACCAAAGAGCACUUGUCUUACAAAGGUUUAUUAAGUUACUAGACAGUGUGAUUCAUUUCAUUGUGCCUGCUUGGGAGUAUUCUGUGGGGUCUUUUCGUUCACUGGAGGUUGUUCGUCAGUUCUUACCUCUCUCUAAGAAGCGGAAUGGUCUCAUCCAUCACUUCCUCAGCCAAUCAGAAACCGGGAGGCCCUCUAGGAUGCCAAGAUUGUACAUCAACAGACGCAGUGCCGCCGAUCACAGGAUAGACCCCUUCAAGGAUCCCUCCGCCAAGAACUCCAUCUUCUCUCAGAUGUACGAAGGGCUGAAACCUAAGGAUAAGUUUGAGAAGCCAUUAGAUUUCCGAUGGCCUCAGCAGUAUGAUCAAUGGUGGGAGUGCAAGUUCCUUUCAGAAGGGAUCAUUGACCAAGGAGGAGGAUUCCGAGAUAGCCUGGCUGAUCUUGCAGAAGAACUUUGUCCAACAGGCAAAGAUGAUCCUAUUCCUUUACCUUUCUUUAUCAGAUCCCCAAAUCAGAACAACGAUGAUUCCAACAUCAACCGUGAUGUCUACUUGCCGAACCCAUCAUGUCGUCAGUUUGCCAAGUAUGAAUGGAUCGGGAUGCUGAUGGGAGCCUGUCUCAGAAGUAGAGAACACCUUGUUCUGUCAUUACCUGCCUUUGUGUGGAAGCUAAUGGGUUAUGAACAUGUAACUUGGUCUAGAGACUUCAAGACUGUUGAUGCAGCUGCCGUGAAGAUGAUAGAACUAAUAGAAUCCAUGGACAGAGAAACAUUUGAGGCUUCUUUUGCUGGUGAGCUGACUUACACCACUAGUCUUAGUGACCAGACUAUUGUACCCCUCAAGGAUGGUUGCACUGAUACGCAAGUACUGUAUGAUGACAGGAAUGAGUACUGCAGGCUGGUGAAGAAGGCUAGAAUGAAUGAAUGCACAGAACAGGUAGAGUCCCUGAGACAAGGUCUUUUGAAGGUCAUCCCUCAAGCUGUCCUUGACCUCCUGACCUGGCAAGAGCUCGAGAGGAAGAUCUGCGGAGAUCCUAUGAUCACGGUGGAGGACUUGAAGAAGACUACUUUCUAUGAAGAUAUUGAGGAAUUAGACGUCAGGGUCAAGUAUCUCUGGGAAGCACUCACUAAAUUCACCCAUGAGGAUAGAAGUCGUUUCCUGAGGUUUGUGACUGGUCGUAGACGCCUUCCUGCUCCUCUCUAUAUAUGUCCAGAUAGAGGAGACAAGGUUGAUGCCUUACCCGAGUCAUCUACAUGCUCCAACACCUUGUUCUUACCAGUAUAUUCAAGUGCAAAGAUCACAGAGGAGAAGCUGAGGUAUGCUGCGUAUAAUUGUGUUGCCAUUGACACAGAUAUGAGUCCUUGGGAUGAGUGAGAGGACACGGAUAUGAGUUUGUGGGACCGAAGACUGAUUUCUCCGCAGAGCACCAGUGACUAUGACGGAGAUAAAAUUGGGUCAACUGGAUGCAGAAAUUAGUGUGUGGGAUCAGAGACUGAUUUCCCCGCAGAGUGCAAGUGACUCUAAACUGAGAUCAUAUUGGGUCAACUGGACGCAGAAGUGAGUUUGUGAAUCCAGAAUCUGAUUUUCCUGCAGAGCACCAGUGACCAUGAGUUAGAUCACAUGGGUAAACUGGACACAGAAAUGAGUAUGUGGGACCAGAGACCGAUUAUAUCUCCAGUUGUUCCGUCAUCUCAGUUUGUAUAGGAUCUGCAUGUCUGUUCACGUACAAGGCUUUCACAUGCCAGGUUCUUCGGAGAGGGCGUAAAGCCGUUGACCUCUGGUUGCUCUCCUAGAUGUAUUAAUGCUUUCUUGGCAGUCAGAUGAAACAAACAACGUACCUACUAUCAUUACUUAGAUGGGUAAAUUCCUGGGCCAUUCAUUUUGGCUGUAGCUUGCCAUUGAAUGACACAUGGAACAUCCCUCAAGUUCUUUUAAGACCCUUCAGAGGUCAAGCAGACACUAUAUAUGUGUUGUAUGAAACUUUUUACCAUAAAAACUCUAAAUAAACUUGAAUUCUUGUGGUUACUACAAUUCUGCUUCAGUCUUUGACACCAAAAAAAAAACUGGUAGAGAAAUAAACAUAUGUUUUCCCUGUGAAAACUUGUAUGAACAUUGCCCAGCUAGGUUGUGACAUUCUUUCCUGCAUAAAUGCAGAUUUUGAGGCUUUAGACAUCUCAGACAGGCCCUUUUAGGGUAUAAUGCAAUCUAAAAGAUUUUGAGACAACAUCCUUCUAGUGUUCAAGUGAGAAUGAUAUCAUUCAUUAUUAUCAACUAGGGCAUUUUAACAGUGUAUUGAAAAUGUUAAUUUUGGUCCGCAUGAUUUGCACAAAAUUCCAAAGGCUGACAAAUCCCCAUAGGUGUACAGUAUGUACAAAACUUGAUGUGUAAUAUUGUGCCAUAUUGCAUAGACUAAUGAUUGAAAUAAUUGAAAGGUAAUAUUAAUUUGAUUGGAUGUAUUUUCUUUGUGGGGUACCAGAAAUACAUGUAUUCCAUUCAUCAGGGGCAAUAUUGCACUCAUCUGCAAUUCAUGCAAUAUUGGCUCCAAUUCUAUUUUGUCAAUGGUAGAAUUAUUUGGUAGUAGAUCAUUUUUGUCUGGAAUGAUAUUUUAUUUUUAUACAGUUUUUUCUAUGGUCCAUGCCAAAAACAGUAAUCAAUAUAUUGUAUUCGUUGAUGUUCUGAAAAAUGUUUUUUAUAAGAAUAAUAUUAUUGCAGAAGAAAACAAUAAAGCAAACCAAACUUGUGGCAUAUUUAUGGUAUCUCAUUCUACAUGUAAGUCAUCAGGGCCCCGUUGCAUAAAAGUCACUAUUAUAGUAACUUUGCCAUCCACUGGUAUCUACCAUGGUAACGAUGAUCAACGGCCAAUCAGAAUCAAGGAAUUUGGGGAAGUUACCAUUGCAUUGCAAAGUUACCAUAAUGGUAGAUUUUUUGCAACAGGGCCUUGACAUGAUAAUUAAUUAGCUUAAUGCAUUAUUACACAGGCAUUAACAAAUCUCACACUCACAAAAUGCAACAUGAGAAUGAUAUGAUUGUAUGGCAUCGAUCAUGUUAUUGACUACUGACAUGAGAUGUUUUGUUUUUCAAUGCUCAAUACAUGUAGAUACAUAUGAGAUUUGAUUGCUAACAUUUCUCUUGUUUCAGAGAAAAAAAGUGGAGAGAAUGUAUACAUUGCAAACUUUGAAAUCUUGAUGUGUAACAUUUCUGUAUACCAUUUCCGAUUAAUAAUGAUACAAGAAUAUAGUGAGGUUAACUUAUAUCGCUAUUAAUUAUAAUUCAUGUAUCCCUUUUAAUUUAUUGGGUUUUUCUAUCUUUCUGCCCUAGUUAUAAUAUAUUCUUCUGCCCUGAAAUACUUUAUCUGGACAAAAUGUACUUUUGCCAGCAUGCACAAAUACACUAUUUUUAACAUUAACAAAGGUAGUGGCCAUAAACAUAUUUGUAUGUUUUGUUGAUUCUGACUAAUUUAUUGUUACAUUCUAAAACUACUUUUUAAUUGGAAAUUUAAUUUUUAAUAUUACUAGUAUGACAAGAUUUUGUUAUAUUUUUUUCAGAUUCCUAUCAUGUAUGGAUAUCAUGUGAGGGGAAGUGUAUUUAUUUUGCUCUGGCAGAAUUUGUCAUUUGUGCAUCUUACAUUUAUACUAUGGAUGCUGAUGUAAUUCAAUUAAUAAAAUAAUAUCUGUAAAUGA